AUCGCUCAUCUUUUAUAUAAACUUAUAUGUAUUUUAUGGUUGGAAAACUAUUGAAGUAGCAAUCGAAAGUGCUUUUAUUGUCGGUCUGGUAACUAUUGUGCGACAAUACUUUUAUAUUCGAAUGACACAUUAUUUAGGAAAUUCGUCACGUCGUAUGGUGACGUUUACGCCGUUAUUUUCAUACAUUUCGAACUUUCCUUUCCAUUAUAAACCUAUUCUUAUCGGCCCCGAGUCUAGAUUUAGGUUAGAAUAAAUGAUCUACUGAUCUGAACUUUAUUCUUAUAGUCGUUAUUUGUUAUGAUUCUUGUCCUAUCUCUUAUUAUUUAGUCUAUUGUUGUUGUUGCUCAGCUUUUUUUAAAAUUAUUCAACCGUUUCUUUGAAUUAUUUUGGACGUAUGCCAUCACUCUUCGCUCGUGUCCGUACUCUUUCCUACAGCUUUUUAAUGUCAGAAAAAUUUCCCUAAAUAAAUUAAUUUUUUAAAAAAAAAGUAGAGGCGAAUUACGUCAAAAGAAAAUCCGAAAUGAAAGUGUUAGGCCAUAUAAGCCAAGGAUAUUUUACAUCGUUAGAUCGUCUCGGAAUUCGUGUCAUUAAGAUAAGAUGGAAAGAAACAUCCCAGACGUUAGAGACAUUUUCGGAGGAUACAAAAUGGACGAUGCCAAGCAGGACUUGUGCAUCUACGAUCAUUCACCUCGCAGUCGCAGAAGAACAGGCAGGAAGAUAUCCGAAUAUAUGGAAGAUGACACUUCGGAUUCCAUGGACGAUGGCCACAAUAAUAUAACUAAUGGACGAACGGGACACGAGAAAAGACACGAAAAACGCAACAAUAGAUCGACCAAUAACGAAGAAUAUAAAUCGGAGAGGAAUAAAAAAGAUUAUUCGACUAAAACACUAACAGACAGGGAUAUAAGACACUUGGAAAGACAUUUGUCCAUGAAAAAGACAAUCAGGAAACAAAUCAGCCGAAAUCUAGCUAAAGCAUUCGUGGAAGAUCCCAAAGCACUUCAGACUGACACUCCCCAGAUGCAGACUUCUAAUCAUCAAGCUAAACAGAGAGAAGUGGAUCAAUGUUUCACUCUUACACGUGCUAAGUUAGCUAAAUCGGAACAGAAUGUGUUAGACAUGUUGAAAGAAUGCAGGGAUCCCGAAACGGAUUCGGGACAUUCCAGCCCCGUGCAUCACAGUAGCUGCGAAGACGAAGCAACUUUGAACGACGACUACGAACAACAGAGGGCGAAAUCACGUCAGAACAGAAUAGAAGAAUCUCAAAAACUACAAAACAGAAAAGACCCCGUACCCACCAACGAAAGUCGAUUUUCAUUUUGGAGAAUGUUUAAUGUAUUAGGUAGAGGGAAACGAUGAUGUUACAGAAUUAAAUUCUCCUAUUGGAUACACGUCUCUAAAAGGGUCGGCUCCCGGAUAAACGGGAGCGACUACAGACUGAUCUCUAGCCAAAUUAGAACCGUCUGUUAAAAGAAAAAAAGAUAUACGAGAUAAAACACAAAACAUCUUUUUCUAAUUUUUAUUCCUAGUUUGAAUGGCCAUAUGUGUAAUUUCAUUAAGGUGAGGUAAAUGCUUUUUAAUCGUCCGUGUCACAGCUUUAUGUAUAGAUGUAGUUUCUACAUGUUCUCAUCUUGGGUAAGGGGAAUCAUCUAGUCACGCUUGACAUCAUGCUGAAGAGCAGUAACCUAAUUUUAUAUAUGUAUAUUUUAUAUUAGGUGAGAUAUUUAAAAAAAAAAGAAAGAACUUUAUCUAGAUUAAUAGAAACAGUUUUACAUCUUAAACUGUAUAUAAAUGAAUUUUGAGCUUUCCUCUCAUUAAAUUGAUGAUUUCAAUAAAUAUCGAAUAACACAAUUUA